GCUCGCAAGAAGGGAACUUCAAGAGGCGGUGGAACAUCAAGGUAAGCUCGGUGUCAUAACAUCGAAUCUCCUAACCUAAAAAAGCCCAAGAUUUUCUUCAGCUACUCCAAAUAUAUUUACGGAGUAUUUUUUUACUCGAAUUAUAUUCUAAUUACUCCUAUUCGUGAAAAUUGUUGAUGUUUCAGGUAAUUGCAAUGGUGCAAUCGGUUGAUUUUCUAAGAAUUUCAGAGUAAUUUUGUUCAUUUUCUUUAACCUCUUUUACACUUUGUCUCUGUAAAGUGUUGGAUUUGGUAGGAGUGUUUAUUAUAUUAAUAGUGAUAUUCGGAGUCUAGGCAUGGCGCCCAUCAUCAGGGGUUCAAUUAGCAAAAAAAAGAGGAUUUGUAUUCAAGUCCAAAAUCUAACGUGUAAGGCAGGUAGUUGCUGUAUGAUCAAGGUUCCGGCUCUUGCAACUCUGGGAUGCUUCUAACAUGCUGUUGAUUGACGAGGAGGUAGUGGUAUGUUUUAUUUGGGAUAUUGCUUUGAUGACCGACCAGCUCUCCGCAGAGGUGAAGUCUUGGACACCACCCCGUCGCACCCGAACCUCCUCGCACUUAGCGCUUUUGUUGAAGACCUUGAAAGCCUCAGUGGAUCGCAUACCAAGAGUAGGAAUCAGCCUACACAUCUGCUUGCUAAAAAACGUAAAGAGGAAGAAAGAACUUGAACUUCAGAUUUUAUUUCUUUGAUGGAUUCUAAAAUAUAAAGAGGAACUUGCUGAAUUUUUUAGGGAUGAACUUCGUAUAAUCAUUGAUCCUUUUGAAUUUGUUAUUGUUGAAAAAUUGAAUGCCGUAUUAGAAGUUUUUAAUAACGCAACUCUUACUUUUUCUCAUGUUUACCAACCAACUACAAAUACAUUUUUAAAAGAGUGCGUUACAAUCGCAACAUGUUUUCGUGAAAGUAAGGCUGAUCCAGAUUUGUACCCAUAUGUCUCUCCUAUGAUACAAAAAUGUAAAAUUGUAAAAUGGGAUGAUUAUAAAAAUGGUAAAAAGGUUGAAAUCAGAACAACCAAAAUCUUCUGGGAAGUACAUUACUACGUGGGCAAAACCAUGGGUAGCAUAAUGUGAGGAAGUAGAACAUUUAAAAGCUUAGCUUCUAGUAGAUCCAUCUUAAAGAUGCUCCACCAACCGUCGUCGGCUUUAAUUUGUGGUGGAAGUAGACGGUGGAAUCAUCGGACCACUUAGACUAACCAACCACAAGGACAGGGGAUAAUUCAUCCAGCCGGAUCGGACUGGGAGAAAACUACAAUAUCGCCUAUCCCAUUGUUCUUCGCCUCCGGUUUCCGUUCUCACUCUCACUUCCUCAGUCCUUUGCCCUCCUCUUCAAACUGAAUCGACAAAAUAGGUUAUUGAAUCGCAAUCUCCGUCUUCUCCGUUUUUUUCCGCCCUGUUGAAUCGCUCCUUUCUCGAUCUUCUCCACCCUAUCCUAUUCCGGCUGCUUCUCAGACCGUCACGAGAAUCGGCGGCAAUCAAGUUCCGCAGUACGCUCUUAUA